AUGCCUUUUGCUUUUGCAUGCAGUAAAGAAUGGGAAGAACUAUUUGUAAACAACAAUUACUUGGCAACUAUACGGCUGAAGGGGAUUAAUGGGCAGCUGAGAAGCAGCAGGUUCCGUAGUGUUUGCUGGAAGUUGUUUCUGGAGGUUCUACCCCAAGACAGAAGUCAAUGGAUUAAAACCACUUCAGACUUAAGAACUUCUUACAAUAAGAUCAAAGAAAUUCACAUUACAAACCCUCGGAAAGCAGGACAGCAAGAUCUGAUAAUCAACAACCCACUCUCUCAGGAUGAGGGGAGUCUUUGGAAUAAAUUUUUCCAGGAUAAAGAGCUUCGAGCGAUGAUUGAACAGGAUGUGACAAGAACCUUUCCUGAAAUGCAGUAUUUCCAGCAAGAGAACGUGAGGAAAAUUCUUACAGAUGUUCUGUUCUGCUACGCCAGAGAAAAUGAACAGUUGCUUUAUAAACAGGGUAUGCAUGAACUUUUAGCUCCCAUUGUCUUUAUCCUGCAUUGUGACCACCAAGCUUUUUCACAUGCCAGUGAAGCUGCACAACCAAGCGAAGAAAUGAAAGUUCUUUUAAAUCCUGAAUAUCUGGAACAUGAUGCCUAUGCAAUGUUCACACGACUUAUGAAAACUGCAGAACAUUGGUUUUCAACUUUCGAACAUGACAGUCAAAAGGAGAAGGAUGUGAUGAUUACACCUAUGCCAUUUGCAAGGCCACAGGACUUAGGCCCAUCUAUUGCUAUUGUAGCAAAGGUAAACCAAAUUCAGGAUCAUCUGCUGAAGAAACAUGAUAUUGAGCUGUAUAUGCAUCUGAACCGACUGGAAAUUGCUCCACAGAUUUAUGGACUGUAA